AUGCCUGAAUGCAAAGUGAAAAUAUUUGUUAAAGCUCGUUUUGAUGUUAUUUGGGAUAAUUUAAUUGACAAAAUUUAUCAUCCGAAAAAAUAUCUCGACGAAAUUCGAAGUGUUGAAAUUGUAGAAAAUGAACCUGAUCAUGUUUUAAGAAUUGUUCGAUUUCACGAUUCAACAUGGCAGGAAUUAAAAGAAUUAAUUGUUUAUGAUAAAUCAAGUGGAAUUAUUGUCUAUCGAUUAGUUGAUCAUCCAUCAUUUGAAGGAGAAACAAUUAAUAUUUGUAGAACAACGAAUGAAAUUUAUCAUUCAGAAUUAGAAUUUGAAAUCAAUUGGAAACUUAAAGAUUCAAAUCAAUUCGAAUCAGAACAUGACAAAGAAAUUUCACAUAAUAAAUUACAAACUGCUAUUCAACAAAUGAAAGCGAUUUGCGAAGAAGCUGAAUUGGUUCACAAUUAA